CAUCUUUACUGAUUAGCGGUUGAGGUGUAAGGUUGUGGUACGGAGUUUAUUAAAAAUGGAAACGCGACUACAAGAUGUUGUGCAAGGUAGUCUUCUUCUGCUGACUAAAACCUUCAUACAACGCUAGUCAAAAUGGGUGAUGCUAUUGAGGGACAGUUUGAAGAUGCUGCGGACGAAACAAUAGGGGUACAAAAGAAUGUCCAAGUUCAUAUCACAGAAGAGGACCAAGAUAGGAUAAAUGGUGAAGACUUUGAAGACAGUGAGGAGAGUGAUGAUGAUGACUUCGGCUAUGACUUUGAAGGGGAGCACAGAGACUUCACCAAGAAGUACAAUGCUUCUCACUCCUCAAGGCCCAAUGCCCAGCAGCCUAACCAGCAGGCUCCCAGUAAAAACAAGGUGCAUUUCCAGCCUACAGAAAAGUCCAUGCGCAAAUAUGUCACCAAGAUCAACGUUGAGAAGUACUACGGCCCCAAACUGUCCAGCUCGGCUGUGUCUUCCCUCACAGAGACGGGGAAGAAAAUGGAUGCAGACAGAUAUCGAGGGAAGGACAAGGCUGAUCGAGCCACUGCGGAACAAGUGAUGGACCCUCGCACCAGAAUGAUCCUGUUCAAGCUGCUGAGUCGGGGUGUUAUCAUCGAGAUCAACGGCUGCAUCAGCACAGGAAAGGAGGCCAACGUCUACCACGCUGAGGCCAGGGAUGGACCAGAUCGGGCAGUCAAGGUGUACAAGACGUCCAUACUUGUGUUUAAAGACAGAGACAAGUAUGUCAGUGGAGAAUUUCGAUUCCGACAUGGGUAUUGUAAGUCCAAUCCCCGGAAGAUGGUGAGAACAUGGGCCGAGAAAGAAAUGAGGAACUUAAUCAGAAUCCACCAGGCUGGCAUCAAUUGCCCAGAGCCUCUCCUGCUCCGGAGCCAUGUUCUGGUGAUGCAGUUUAUUGGGACGGAUGGAUGGCCAGCUCCCCUACUGAAGGAUGUGGAGUUGUCGGAGUCAAAGGCGCGGGAGCUGUACCUGGACUGCAUCCACAUGAUGAGGUCGCUCUACCAUGACUGUCACCUAGUACAUGCCGACCUCAGUGAGUUUAACCUCCUAUUCCAUGAGGGGAAAUUGUGUGUUAUCGACGUGUCGCAGGCGGUCGAGCAUGACCAUCCCCACUCACUGGAGUUCCUCAGGAAAGACUGCAACAACAUCACAGAGUAUUUUCGGAAGAAAGGUGUGUCUACAAUGACGGUAAAGGAGUUGUUUGACUUCAUCACUGACAUGAGUAUCACCGCCGACAACAUUGACGACUACUUGGACAAGGCCAUGGACAUCACAGCCAGCCGGACUCUGGAGGAUGUCACGGAGCAGGAGAAAAUAGACGAGGAGGUUUUCAAAAACGCCUAUAUCCCACGAACUCUGGAUCAGGUGAUCGACUUUGAGCGAGACUUCCGCCGGGCUCAGGCUGGUGAUGGGUCUCAGGUACUGUACAGCAAGGUGACGGGGCUGAAGGAGGACCUGACGGGCCCACAACAGGACCCUGACCUGCUGCCCAAGGAUGAAGGGGAGGAGUCCGAGGGGGACGGGAGUUCAUCUGGGUCCGAUGAUGAUGAUGAAGAGGAGGAAGAUGAACUCAACACUAAUCGCCCCAGGGAUGAAUCUCCGAACAGCAAGAAGGAACGCAAGAAGGCUGUGAAAGAAGCUCAGCGAGAAAAAAGGAAAACAAAAGUCCCAAAGCAUGUUAAGAAGCGGAAAGAGAAAAUGGGUCGGCAAGGAAAUAUAAAACGCUGGACAAUGUUUUGCAGAAUAUGGAACUUCAUCAAAAGACAUCGACGGAAAUUUGUUUUCACGGGAUUUAUGUUUGGAGGUGGCUGGCUUGUCUACAAGUAUUUACAGAAGCGGUUACGUGAGUUCCGAGAUGGCGAAGAUAAGGAGUAUAUGGCAUUUGCGCGGCGACAACACCACUUUGACAGCAACCAAAGAACAUGUAAUAUGACAGUAUUGUCGAUGGUGCCAAAUGUCCGGGAGACAGUAGUGAAAGUUUUUAAUACUGAAAAACACACUGCUGCUCUGAAAUCAAAUCCUCCAAAUAAAUUUGAGCUGUGGGAAGAACUGAAGAUAAUGAGUUUAGCCAGGUCAAUCUUGUCUGUCUAUGGGUGUUGUAUAAUGAGCCUUCUACUACGUGUUAAACUAAAUGUGAUUGGUGGAUAUAUAUACCUCGACAGUGCCAAGGUCAAUGACGCUACGGUGAACGAGGAUUCUGGCAGCCAUGUUCCCCAGCCUGUACAAGAGAAGUACCUCUCCCUCAUCAAACACUUCAUCAAUGAAGGAUUACCUGAUUUAGCAACAAUAGUAGAACAAGCUGUGUCUAGAGAGUUUGGUAGUGUGUCGUUAAAGGAGCGGAUGUCUUGCUCGAAUCUGCAGUCCCUUGUGACACAUAUACGAGAACGUGUGGAGUGCGGCAACGUGGGACUCGCCUCUACCAUUCCCACAAUGCCUCUGUCACAGUACAUGCUGCCAGCAGAACAAGUGCCUGAUUUUGUGCUAGUCAGCCAAGAGGAUGUUGUGUAUGAAAAGCUAGUUACUGAAACGAGGGAUAUAUUAGAGAGCACAGACUUCCACUCUGUUCUACGGACGUGCCUGGAGCGUGGGUUCAGUCGUCUGCUGGAUGCAGUAGCUGAACAUUAUAAACAUCAGAUGACAUCAGAACACAGUCUCCAUGAGGUCAACAUUCCUGUAGCCAAGCUUAUCCCGGUUAUCAGCAACUUGGUCUUCCGAAUCUGCAGCGACGCUCCGAACCCGAUUAUACAGGAGCUGCUGCUACUGGAUGAGGUGAAGACGUUUUCCGCCAAUGUGUACGAGGCGUUCAGCCAGGACAGUGCAGCGCCAACAUGAACAGGCGCAAUGCAUCGGGGAUCAUUCCAGGAACACAGCGCCACAGAUCACCAGGAUUCCUUGACCAACACAGCUUCCAUUCAAACCUACACGUGUGUGUAACGCAAUGAAAUGUUAUGAGUAUUAAUAUUCUGUUAUAUAUAUAUUAAGGAUGUAUCAUCGUCAUACUUCAUGGGCUUCAGUGUGUUUCUCAAUCAUUGUCAGUACAUGUGGCGGCUAUUCAGUGUAGUGCUAUUUUUAACCAACGAAUCACAUCAAGGCCCCAUCAAGGAGAUAAUGCUACAGAUAUUCUGACCAAUGAGCUUUCAGAUUACAUUGAGGGGUAUGUUAUCUUGCUUUCUGGGGCCAUGUGUUUUUGCGACCAUCGA